AUGUUCGCCUCGCUUACAGCCUUCCUAGCGCCGACGGUGUCCCUCGAGACUCGCCUCACCUGGACGGAGCGCGGUGGUCAGCUCGCCAAGCACGAGAUGGUCCGCGAAGACGAUCCUGAGCCUGCUAUCGACUACUGGAUCGGCGCACACGGGCAGACGGACGAGCUGGUCGACAGGCUCAGGGUCCUCGGCUUUGAAGUGCACGACGAGCAGUGGAUAAAAGCGUGUCUCGGAGCCGGCACGAUGGUCAACGCCGCGCCUUACCGCUUCUCCGUCCUCGACCAACGCGACCUCGACGACAAAAGAGCGAUCCUUGCCUCGCAUCGCGGCGAAGCUUCGCUGCUGACCGCUCAGAACUCGCCAAGAAACGCAGUAACGUACACAGCUUCGAGCCCACCGCUCAUGCAUAUUGUUCCUGCGACCCCCGCAGGACCCAGCAACGCUGCACCACCUGUCACGCCUACUCGCAGGUCGACGUUCCGCUCCUUCGAUACCCUUCAAGCCUUGAGUGCGAUCCCUGAAGACUCGCCUCUCUCGCGUGCCAGCGCCCGAUCCGGGCACAGCCGCACGUCGACCAUGGACUCCGACAUCGCCGUCGAGCUGUACCUGCUUCAUCCGCCUUCAGCUGCUGGCGCUGGCCCACGUGCUUCCACCAUCACGCGUGUCAGCGGCGAGGCUCAGCCAUCUUCGCCUUCACGGCUAGCGACUGUGCAGACCCAACAAGGCGGUAACGCUCGCCCUCACGUCUUCCUCGCCCGUGAAGACAGUCCUUCGCCGCAGGCCGCCUGUCGACCGUUUCAUCCGCGAGACGAGCUUCACGAGCGUUUGACCGAAGGAACGGGCGCAACGCCAGCUCUCCCAGCCGACCUCGUCUUUGCCGCAUCUUCACACACGCUUCACGGCGGCCAACCCUUCCUCGACCACUGUCAGCGGCAAGGCUUCCAGAUGCUCAAGCAUGCUCACGACGGCUUUCGUGUGCGUAGGAGGGAGGAGGGAACCACUGCCGGCGACUAG